UGAUUUAUUUAUUUACUUAUUGCAUUCGAUGCUACAGUAAGAGAGGUUUGGCAAGCGACCGUUCUCUCAACGGAAUCAACGCCGUUCCUCUCCUCUCCUCCACUAUAACGGUUAUAGAGAGAGUGUGUGUUUUGGAGAGAGAUGGAAAUGGAAGAGAAAAUGGACGUGGAGUUUAUGGUGUUUGAGGCACGUGAAAUUGAUCUUGAUUACGAGUUUGAUGCUCCAAAGUACUUCGAUUUCACUAGCCGGGAGUCAAUCGCGGAGGCGCGUGAGGUUCAGCGGUGGUUUGAUACGGCGCCGAGCUGUCCUCCCUCUCCAUUUGUGGCAAAGUUUGUGUACAGUCUACUGGAGAAUGUUAAUACCUCUCCAAAAUCUAAAGAUGAGGAAAAUAGGGCUCCUCUGCUUAAUGAUGACAUGGGAUCAGAAGUUUCUGCAAUAGAGGUGGACGAUACAGGAUUGACUUUUUACCAUCAGAAAUCUACUGAUAAAUCAAACCCCAAGGUGAAGUCCGCAGUCAAGCCAACAUUUCCCAGGAGUUCAACUUUGAUGAAACCUACGGCUAGUCAGUUGGCUAAGCAAAAUCACCCCACUCAAAUAGGUGUUUCCAGAUUUCAGAUACUGCUGGGUCAAAAGGAGAGAAGCUUAUGCAAUUCUUCUGCACUUGAAAGUCAUUCUGCCAAGAGGCAGAAACUGGAAGGAGGUCACGUUUGCAAGAUUGGUGAUGGAAAGCAGAAAACAGAUUUCAUCCACAAGACAUCUAAAAAGGAUGGUUUUGUUGAUAAAAUCCCUUCUCAUGCAAAACUAAGGCUGACUGUUCCAAGAGAGCCUGACCUUGUAACAGCACACAGGGCACAGAGGAUGAGGCCCAAAGAACAGCAAUGCAUGACAGUGCCUGCACGAAGAUUCAAAGCACGCCCAUUGAACCGAAAAAUUCUUGAGGCUCCUUCAUUUCCUCUUCCAAAGAAGAGUACCCCAAAGUUGCCAGAGUUUCAAGAAUUUCACUUGAAGACAUUAGAAAGGGCAAUGCAGCACAACUCUUCAGUUUCAUCUUCCUCGUUUCAGUGCAAUGAUUCAAACAAGGGGCUGGAUAAACCCAGUACAAUUUCAGAAAGUGUGAAGACAGAAUCCAGAAGACCAACCACCAUGAAUCCUCCAAAGCAGGACGGAUGUGGUGCAACACAUACAUUCAAAGCUCGCCCUCUGAAUAAGAAGAUAUUCUCUAGUAAAGGAGAAAUGGGUGUUUUUCAAACUAGCAUUCGGGAAACCACGGUGCCCAUGGAAUUUAAUUUUCAUACGGAGAAGAGGUUUCAACAUAAUCCACCCAUAGAUCUUUUCAGUAAGCUCUCCCUGACAAGUGAACUCCAGCCAAAUAACAAAUCUCAAUUGCAAUUUCCUCAACCAAGCUAUCUGUCUACGAAGGGUCCAAAAGAAAAUAGAUUGAAUCCCUUGCAAACAGAGCAGAAGAUGGUGCAUUUGGUGAAAGAAAGGCAAUCAAUAUUUGGUGGAAAGCAGCAGAUUCAAUAUGGGAGCAGUAUGGGCACCAAUGAAGUCAGAAACCAAUCGAUCAGGAGGAGCUUGGGCAUCCGGUGAGACUUGAGAAUUACAGGGAAUGGAGUAUGAUGGGUGAACACUUGGACAAUAAUAAUCAAUCUUUUUGUUAUACGGAAACCAUGGAAGUCCGUAUCGUUUGAGAUCAAUUGUUUACCGUGGAAGAAACUGAUGUCACGCGUUAGUGUAAAUCUAACCUCUGUCUCCUACAAUUUCGUAGGCUUGUCCCCAAUCCAAUAAAAAUUACUACAUGGUCGGUGUUGUACAGCCAUCAAGGCCUUCUUACCCAUAUACCACCACACUUUUUCUGUAGCAUUGCAUGAACAACACAUGUAAUAGUUAGUGGAAAAUACAGAAUACAGUUGAUAGUAGUGUCUUGGAGGUAUUUCUAAA